GCUUCAUUGCAGGACGAGACAGACGACCGCACGAUAGGUGGUGGUGCUUCUGCUCCCGUCUGCUUAGAAGCCUGGCCCACGGGCGCUCGGGGCGAAUCGAGACGCGAUCUCGCGAGGUGUGGUGCAGUGAGGUGGUGCAGGACGGACGAAGAUCGGUGCCAAUUGCGAGGAGCAAGACUAGGAAGUGGCGCGAUUGGGGCGCGGUGAGACCGGAUCGGGAGAAGUGAGGCUGGAAGAAGAUGCAGAGAAUGGCGUCUUCUUCCGUUUUGGCGCUGUUAAUUUUCUCCGUGCUGGUUUCCCAGCAGAGUGGAGUGAUAGGAAGUGCCUCGGAUCACAAGUACAAGGAGGGCGAUGAGGUUCCUCUUUAUGCCAAUAAAGUUGGUCCGUUUAACAAUCCGAGCGAAACUUACCGGUACUUCGAUUUGCCAUUUUGCCCGCCCGAUUCCCUGAGCGAGAAGAGGGAGGAUCUCGGAGAGGUGCUCAACGGAGAUCGAAUGGUUCAUGCGCGUUACCAACUCAAUUUCCGUAGAGACAAAGAAGCUGAAUCACUUUGUGAGAAGGUGUUGAAGAAGGAAGAUCUGCAAAAGUUCCGCAUGGCAGUAAAGAACGAUUACUACUUCCAGAUGUACUAUGACGACCUGCCAAUUUGGGGCUUCAUUGGUAAAGCGAAGGAGGACAACAAAUUUUCUCUAUUCACUCACGUUCACUUCGACAUCAACUACAACGGAGACAGGGUGAUCGAAAUCAACGUGUCCACGGAUCCUAAAUACGCGAAGGAUAUAUCCGAUGAUACUGAUCAAAAGGUUGAGUUCACAUAUUCCGCGAAAUGGAAAGCAGUUGAUACUCCAUUCGAUCGAAGGAUGGAGAAGUAUUCGAAGUAUUCUUUUCUCCCACAGCAUCUGGAGAUUCACUGGUUCUCAAUCAUCAACUCAUGUGUUACUGUCCUUCUGUUGACGGGAUUCCUAGCCACCAUCCUUAUGCGUGUGCUGAAGAAUGACUUCAUCAAGUACUCCCGAGACGAAGAGUCGCCUGAUGAUCAGGAAGAGACUGGUUGGAAGUAUAUCCAUGGAGACGUGUUCAGAUACCCUCCUUACAAGUCUCUGUUCUGUGCCGUACUUGGAACUGGAACUCAGCUUCUUGCACUGGCUAUUUUUAUCUUCAUGCUUGCGUUGGUGGGUGUUUUCUACCCAUAUAACAGAGGUGCUUUGUACACAGCCCUUGUGGUUAUAUAUGCCUUGACAUCGGGCAUAGCUGGUUACACUGCUUCCUCGUUCUACAAACAGCUGGAGGGAAACAACUGGGUUAGGAACAUAAUCUUGACUGCUGCCCUUUUCUGCGGUCCUCUGUUCCUGGUUUUCUGCUUUCUCAACACAGUUGCUAUCUUCUACGCUGCGAAUGCUGCUCUGCCAAUUGGAACUAUUCUGGUCAUUCUUCUCAUUUGGACUCUUGUGAGCUCACCUUUGCUUAUUUUGGGAGGCAUUGCCGGAAAGAACAGUAAAGCCGAAUUCCAAGCUCCUUGCCGCACUACCAAGUACCCAAGAGAGAUUCCUGCGUUACCAUGGUACAGACGAACUGUGCCACAGAUGGCGAUGGCAGGUUUUCUGCCAUUCAGUGCUAUCUACAUCGAGCUUUAUUACAUCUUUGCAAGCAUCUGGGGACACAAGGUCUACAUCAUUGCCAGUAUCUUGUUCAUAGUGUUCAUCAUUCUCAUCAUCGUCACGGCGUUCAUCACAAUUGCUUUGACCUACUUCCAGCUUGCUGUUGAAGACCAUCGAUGGUGGUGGAGGUCGGUGCUUUGUGGAGGUUCUACUGGUCUUUUCAUCUUUGGCUACUGCUUCUACUACUACUUCGCUAGGUCGGAGAUGAGUGGCUUCAUGCAGACAUCUUACUUCUUCGGUUACAUGUCCUGUGUGUGCUUCGGGUUUUUCCUGAUGUUGGGUACUAUCGGUUUUAGAGCAUCUCUCCUGUUUGUACGCCAUAUCUAUCGAUCGAUCAAAUGUGAGUAAAAUGAUACCUCUCUUACGAGGAUCAAUUUGCAAGUUGGCAACAAACGAACACAAGUGUCACUGCAAAAGAAUGCGCAGGUUCUUCUGUGUCGUCGUAGAAGGAAAAAGUUUGCGUGUUUUUGAGAUGAAGGCAAAAGAGUAGUAUCGGGUGGCAGGACCUUGCCCAGAAGGUUCCCUUUAUUGAAACAGGUGGUUCUGGUUACAGUAUCUGUCAAUGCAGGACAGUUGUUACUCUAAUAAUUGAGUAAAAGGUAUAGUAUUUGUCUCCAGAUGCAAAUGUCACCAUCAGCUCAUCCACGCAAACAGACGCAGAGGGCAGUGUCAAGGAAGGUAGUAAUAGGUUUUUGCUGGGAAAUUUUAAUUUGAGCUGUCAUAACCUCAGAAGCAUUUAUCUAGAGUCCUCUUGUGGGAACCUGUGGAUAUCCCAACCCCCACAGAAAUCAUCUAGUCGCGGCGGUAACUUCUCAAGUUGACCAACCUCUGGUGGAGGGAACCUGGCAGCCUUGAUUACUCCUAUGAUGACUUUUGAUUCGAAUUAGAGUUGUAUCAUAUUAUUGCACUAAUAAAGACAUCAGUUUUG